AUGGCUGAUAUGGAAGUUCCCGAUCGACCGCAAUGUGACCCCGACCCGAUCAGGAUCAUUCACGUCGGAGCUGGAGCCAGUGGACUUCUCUUCGCCUACAAGGCGCGGAAAUGGCUCCAGAAGUACAGCUUGACCUGCUACGAACGCAACCCAGUCCCUGGCGGUACCUGGUGGGUCAACCGAUAUCCCGGUUGCGCAUGCGAUAUCCCUGCCCACACGUACACAUUCCCUUUCGACGCGAACCCCGAGUGGUCGGGCUAUUACGCAGGCGCAGACGAGAUCCAGGAGUACAUGGUGCGGUUCUACGAGAAGCAUGAGUUGCAGCCGUACAUGAAGUUCAACACGGAAGUGACCGACGCGACUUGGGAUGAAGCCGCGAAGGUAUGGCGGGUCGGGCUUCGCCAGAGUGAUGGCAGCCGAUUUGAGGACACGUGUGAUGUUUUCGUGAACGGGACUGGGGUUUUGAGCAGGUGGAAGUGGCCGGAUAUUGAAGGCCUCCAGGACUUCAAAGGCGAGCUCGCUCACUCCGCCGACUGGGACAGGAACCUGAAAUGGGAGGGAAAGAAGGUGGCGGUGAUUGGGACCGGAUCGAGUUCAAUCCAAAUGACUCCCGUUCUGGCCGACACAGCCAAGCACCUCACGGUCUUCAUGCGCAACGAAACCUACAUUGGGCCACCUUUUGCUAGCGACAUCGACAACAAAGAGGCAGAUUCAGAGUCGCAAAACCCUGAUGCUCCGGGUCAUCAUCUUUACACCGAGAAGGAGAAGCAGAGAUUUAGGGACGACCCCGACUAUCUCGAGAAGUAUCGUCGUCGAAUCGAGCAAAGGGUUGUCGGUGGCUUCUCCAUGUUCUACCGCGGCAGCGAGUUAAAUCUCACCGCAAAAGCCGCCAUGCAGAAUCUUAUGCGUACACGCCUAGGCGACCGAGACGACCUCAAAGAACUCAUCAUCCCCUCCUGGUCCCCCGGAUGCCGCCGCCUCACCCCCGGCGAAGGCUUCCUGGAGGCCCUGACCCGCCCCAACGUCACCACUGUCCACACCGGCAUCCAGCGCUUCACCCCGAACGGCAUUCUCACCGCCGAUGGCAACGAGCACCCCUUCGACUUCAUCGCCUGCGCCACGGGCUUCGACGUGCAAUACCAGCCGCACUUCCCUAUCUACGGCCGCGGUGGGGAGCACAUGCAAUCCAGCGCGGAGCCGAACGUCUACGCGGCGGUCGCGGUGCCGCGGUUCCCGAACUACUUCGUCGUGAACGGACCGCGCGGGCAGUGGGCGCAGGGAAGCAUCCUGCCAUCGCACGACGUGCAGAUCGAGUACAUCCUACAGGUGGUUCGGCACAUGCAGGAGGACCAAAUUGCGAGCGUGGAGCCGCGGGAGGAUCUGACGGACCAGUUGAAUCGAUAUAUGGAUACGUGGCACAAGAAGCAUUCGAUCUGGGCGGAGGACUGCAGGAGCUGGUAUAAAGAUAACAAGCCGGAUGGGAGGAUCCAUGUGUGGAGUGGCUCGAUGUUACAUCACCUCAAGUAUAUGAAGACGCCGCGGUUCGAACAUUACGUGGUGCAGUGGAAGGAUCCGGAGAACGUGUUUCGGUUCUUGGGGCAUGGGAUGACGAUUGGUGAGAUGAAAUAUGGAGCGGACGUGCCGGUGCCUUAUAUCCGGAAGGAAGAUACCCCUUGGGAUGUGGAGUAG